GACUCAAGUUCCGAUACAAUAGCGUUAUCAUGUGAGUUGAUUUAUGUGUGCUUUGUAUUCUCGAACGUAGUACCACAGACAUUUUCCUCUUUUUUUGAAAUCGCCCGCUACGUUUUCCGAGUAACGUUACUAAGGUAUUGGUUGCUAAGAUAACGUUAGGACAGACGACACAUAGCAGACAUAUAAUAUGAGAGUCUUGUUUGUAAGAUGCUGGUUCAUAUAUUUAAUUCUACAUAUGAUAAACAAAGUGUCUUUACAGGAUCCAGUUGAAAUCACUGGUGUUGCUGGAGACUCUGUCAUCUUGCCAUGUACAUACAAGGAAACGGAGCUAAAGCCAGAGAAAAUUUUUGUUUUUUGGAGAUACAAUCAAAGCAAUAAUGUUUUUGAUAUUGAAAAUGGCAUUUCCUCAACAGAAGACCAACAUCCAAUGUUCAAAGAUCGAAUAGAAAGUUCUCCAUCAGAGUAUGCAAAGGGAAACUUCUCUAUCAGACUCAAACGUGUGAGUUUCAUUGAUAUAGGGGAGUUCUCCUGCUUUAUCCAAAACGUGCAAAAGGAGCAAAUAUCAAGGCUGCACGUCAGAGCUCCACCGCCCACCACUACAAUGUCCAUUCCAAACUCAAAGACUGAUACGAGAAGCUUUUCCAUGAAAACACAACCAGAUGGGAUUCUUCCUUUCCUGACUGCUGUUUUGUUUUCUGUUUCAAACUGUAUCGGAGUACUGCUGUAUUGCUAAACUGUUUCUCACACUGUGGCUUUUUUUUUAACAUACAACCACAAUUAUUUGUGUCUAUAUUAUAUAUGCAGUGGUGGCCACUAGUAUUUUAACCAACUAAAAAUGGUUUUAAGUCAAUUAUUUUUAUUGUUUGCUGUAGUGUGUCAGUAGGAAAUAUCAGUUUACAUUUCCAAACAUGAAUUGUAAUAAUCCAGUGAUAUUUUUGUCUGACAACAGCUAGUGCUCCUCACAUAGAUCUGAUCUCAUCAUCAUCCAGCCUCAAGAAACAGAACAAACUGAGACAGACUAAAUCCAGAAGAACUGUGGCAACGUCUCCACAAUGCUUCAAGAAGCCUACCUGCAAAACUAUGUGCAAAUGCACCUAGGGUGAAAGCUGCUUAAAACGCAAAGGAUAGUCACACCAAAUGUUUAUUUAAUUUAGUUAAUGGAAGUUAAUUGAUAAAGAAAACCUAUUUAUGACAUUAUUUUCGACAGCAUCUUCAUUUUACAGCAUUUUUACAAGUGCCUAAAACAGUACUGUAGCUUUGCAGGUAGGUUUCUUGAAGCAUCAUUGAGACUUUGUCACAGUUCUUCUGGAUUUAGUCUGUCUCAGUUUGUUCUGUUUCUUCAUGUCAUUCCAGACAGACUGGAUGAUGAUGAGAUCAGAUCUGUGUGUGGAGCACUGGCUGUUGUCAGACUCCUUGUGCAAAAAAAAAAAAAAAAA